AUGAUCAUCUUGAAAGCAUUCAAGGACCUGAUUCUGAUGAAAAAUAUUCUCUCCAGAAAACUGCCACACUCAAUUCAUGUACUUGGAGGAUUGUCCCAUAUACUGGAAGGCAACAUGUUUCAACUGAAGAUGUGCGUUGACUCUUGGCCUACAUUCAGUACUGCCAUCUGUUAUCGUCAAAAACAGGUCGAGGGCAGGUUGGAGAUCCCUGAUGUGUGCAGCAUUUUUUCCAACAACCAAGACAAACUCAGAAGGCUUUUGACAGAUGACAGCCUUUUUAAAUGGGGGAAGAAUCUUGAAUUCAGAGUUGAAAGCACUCAUCAUCAAAUCCUAAAGGAAAUUGCUUCUCUCAGAGGACUCCAUCUCAAAGAUAUGUAUGGACGCCUGCUUACCUACAUCCACUACAGCCCAGAGACAAUGAGCAGGCCACCGAAGACGUUCAAGGAACCAAUGACAAGUUUGAGCGAGUGCCAUGCUGAGCUUGUGCUAAAAUCCAUGUGUUGUGGAACAAGCAAGGAGGAAAUCAAUCUAGUGAAAACCUAUAUCAAAUACCUCCCAAACUACUGUAUGGUGGAUGAGAAGGGAGAACCAGUGUCCUGGGUGCUGACAGAUGAGUUCAAUGAGAUCAGGCUGGCCUACACCCAACCAGAGUAUAGACGAGCUGGUCAUUUGCGAGGAUUGUACUAUACCCUGAUUGAUCACAUGGCUUCUGCAGGUCUGCCUAUCUUCGGAUGCAUCCAUGAAGAGAACAGGGCCUGUCAGAAUGCUGUCACCUUGCCCGUGGGUCAGAAGGAGAGAAUCCCCAGUGUGCAUAUUUGUUACCACUCUGAGGCUGGAUCACAGAUGUCCAGUGGGAUUGGUUGGAAGGUGAUAUGCAAUGUGGAGUCUUCCGGAUUUCUGAAAAUGCUCACACGCAGCGACCGCCUCUCCCAGGACGGCGGCAGCUCAGCCAUGCCUCCUUCAAAAGCUUCCCUGCUUGUGGACUGGAUCAUGGAUAUCAAGGACACCAUGCAUCUCACCCUGGACUGA